AUGGAAUCCCACUUCUGGACGAAUCCUGGUUACCCAGACCAGCGGCCGUUGGUGGAGGAUCAAUCAACCGUCUGCUGCUGCCCGGUGUGGCAACAGCAGCAGCACGCCAGGCUGGUGGCCAAGCGGCCAAUACGGAUCUUGUGCAGGCUGCUACGACGGCAUCGUAUGGAUAUACAGUUACGUCCGAUUUCUGUGCACAUUUUAAAUAAAGAAACAAGAUUGUCUGCUGGACGUAACUGGAACAUAGAAUGCGAAGCCACUGGUUCGAAUCCACCAGCAAUUAUCUCAUGGUGGAAAUCAGGAAAGGAAUUAAUUGGUGAACAGAAUGAAUACGACACAUUAGGAAUUCUGCACUUCGUUCCAACCAUGGAAGACGAUGGAAAAUAUUUAACAUGUCGUGCAAAUAAUCCUGCUGUACCAGAUAGUACACUGGAAGAUAAAUGGCUUCUAAAUGUGUUAAUAAAAAAACUUGGAUUUUAUAUUACCUUAGAUGCUCCGGUGGUUACAUUAAAAAUUUUGGGAGCGCCUAUCUCUGGAGAAUAUGCAGAAGGACAAGAAGCAGUUCUACAAUGUGGUGUCAAAGCUAAUCCCAGCGUUUGGAAAAUAACUUGGCUUCACAAUAGUAAAGAAAUCCAAUCCAAUGACAAAAGUAUAGUUAUGGAAGGUAAUGACCUGAUAUUGAGCAAUAUUAGUAGUGCAUCGUCGGGGCAAUACAGAUGCACUGCUCACAAUUCUGAGGGACAAACACAAAGCAAGUCAGUUGCUAUAAUUGUGCGAUAUUCUCCUAUUUGCAAAUCCACCUCUGUCCAUAAAAUAGCAGCGCCUGAAAAUAUUCCCGUUUCUUUAAAAUGUUCCGUCGAAGCCCAUCCAAAGUCGAAUAUUACUUUUCGUUGGACUUUUGCAGAUAUGGGUGAAGUUCCUGGCCGAUUUAUAAAUUCUUCUGGAUCUACUAGUAUAUUGACAUAUAAACCCGUCGCAGAUUUAGGAUACGGACAAUUUGCUUGCAAGGCUCAUAAUGAGGCAGGAGAAACAAAAAGGCCUUGUGUGUAUCAAGUUAUACCUCCAGGUCCACCUGGUCCGCCCUUAAACUGUACACUUGAAGCCGAUGGCGAAGUUGUACAAUGCAAAGCUGGUUUCGAUGGCGGUUUAGAGCAGCGAUUUCUAGCUCAGGUUGUUCUGGCCUUAGAUUCAUUUACGACUUUAGUGAAUUCUUCUGCUAAUCUAGAACCUGUAUUUCGAAUACCAGGACUUAUGACUAACUCAUUUGCUGCUGACAAUGAAGCCAUGGAGGUACAAGUAAUUGUUUUAGCAGAAAACGAUCUUGGAAGAAGUAGCCCUGUUACUCUAAAAAAUUUAAUAUACAGUGAAAAGCCCAUUAGAAAAGGUGGAUUUGCAAGCUUUACAUCAAUUCCAAUAGAUCCUUUAUUAUUCGCAUUAUUAAUUACUGGAUCUGUAGUAAUAAUUUUGUGCUGCGGAAUUUGCUAUUUGCUUCGACGUCGUUGCUGUCGUGUUUCGCCUGAUAAACCGACUGCUAAUGGAAAAAGACAAAAAUCAAGAAUACAGGAUAAUUCUGAUUCAUCCGUCUAUGAUGAAGGCAUAGAUGACCCUGAUCCUGAUCUUAUACCAAAUAAAGAAGGUUAA